AUUUUUGACACCAUAUAUAAAGACAGAAGCAAGCUCCCUUUUCUUCAUCGCAGUUCGCACUCUCUCCCAAUCCUUCAAACCCUACCAUCCACAGAAACAACAAUGGCAGACGGACUUGUUCUCCGCGGCACCAUGCGAGCCCACACGGACUCCGUCACAGCCAUCGCAACCCCAAUCGACAACUCCGACAUGAUCGUAACCGCCUCACGCGACAAGUCCAUAAUCCUCUGGCACCUCACCAAGGAGGGGGGCACCUACGGCGUCCCCCGCCGCAGGCUCACCGGUCAUUCUCACUUCGUUCAGGACGUCGUUCUCUCUUCCGACGGCCAGUUCGCUCUCUCCGGCUCCUGGGAUGGCGAGCUCCGCCUCUGGGACCUCGCGGCCGGAAAGUCCGCUCGCCGAUUCGUCGGACACACAAAGGACGUUAUGUCUGUUGCGUUCUCGGUUGAUAACCGUCAGAUCGUGUCGGCGUCUCGUGACCGCACGAUUAAGUUGUGGAACACUCUUGGCGAGUGCAAAUACACGAUCCAGGACGGUGAUGCGCAUUCCGAUUGGGUUUCUUGCGUUAGGUUUAGCCCUAACACUGUGCACCCUACCAUUGUUUCUGCGUCUUGGGACAGGUAGAUUUAAAUAUGUUUUUUCUUU